CUGUACUUACAGAUGCUCGCUGAGUCUGCUUGCCACGCACGUGUGCUGGACGCAGCCCAGACUGGAGCAAAUCAGCUGCUCACAAUCUCCCUCAGGAAGAAUUUCUUCUCUCUCUCUCUUUUUCUCAGCCAGCCUAUUCCCUAUUAGAGAUGCACCGAUAAGCUGUUAGCCGGACUGGAAGACUUCAUCACACGGGAACACAGAUGCUGUACAUGUAUUAGAGGGACACACACACACAGGCACUUACAGCAGUGUUGAAACAGCAAGAUGCCAGCUCAUUUGAGCCUGGCAGAGCAGGAACGCGAGUGGAGGAGGACAGGCAGGACGGUUGAGAUGGGUUUCAAGGCGAUCUCACAGAAAGGACAGCUGAAGACAUGCGACACUGCUAAGAAACAGAGAGAUAGCAGAUCUGAAGUUAAAACUACAGUCCUGGAUCAUAAAAGAAAAGCAUGUACACCAUUGCAGUCUAAACCACCACAGAUGAAAAUCAACACACAGAACGGAAAUAAUACAGAGUCAAAUGUGCUUAAAGUGGACGAGAGACUGCGAAUGGCCAGGGAACGCAGAGAGGCGUACCAGAAACAGCUGGCUCUGCGCGAGCGCGGCUGGCUGGCGAGGGAGGAACGAGCCAAGCAGAUCUAUGAAAAACACCUGGAGGAGCGACGCAAGAAACUGGAGGAGCAGCGGCAAAGAGAGGAGAGGAGGAGGACAGCAGUCGAGGAGAAACGCAGACAGAGGCUCAAAGAAGAAAGAGAGCGUUACGAGUAUGUGGUGCGGAAGACAAAUGAGAAAAGCCUGAAGGCCAAACAGAAACCAGGCCACUGCUUACGAAAGGUCACCAAGAAUGACAACAAAAAUGCUAAACGCCGCUCUCUUAGUCAGUGGGAAAUUGACCUCGUCCGCCGUCUUCAAACUCCUACUGUCUCUUAUCUAGCCAGAAGCAGGAGCGCUGUGUGUCUGUCACAAGACACAGUGGUUCAUGUUUGUCGUCGUUCAGUCUCAUGUCAUACCAUGAACUCCAGCACCAACAAGCAUUGUGGGAAAGUGCCGAACAGACCUGCAGGCUCAAACGUCACCAUCCGCAGAACCACCAACAGAGAGCUGGUGGCAAAAGGCGAUACUGAAGGACAAGACUUGAAAAAGUUACAACUUCAGAGAUCAACUACAACAACUGAAAUCAAGCCCAAACAGGACACGAAACCACCAGAGAAUACAGUCCUCGCAACAUCAUGGUUGCAGAACAGAUCACAUGUCAGAAAAGCCACACUAAAGCAGGACAGUUUGCCUCCUCUGCCUGAAGAGGAGGAUCUGCAACCAGAACAUGAACUAUCCUCUGGUCAUACGCAAUCUGAAAAAACACAAUGUCUGAAAAAUAAUCCACUCCAGUUGAGCACAGCUAGUAAUGGGCCUCUGCAUCCACCACAAAACUCUCAGAUUCCUAAUGGACCAAGCCAAAUAGCUGACAGUGCUCAAGCCAGACCUACUUCUUGGACUAAAGACCCAGAGGAGGCCUCUCGCAUACUGGCUGAGAAACGACGACAAGCUAGACUCCAGAAAGAGAAGGAAGAGGAGGAGCGCAGACAGAAAGAGGAGACAGAGAGAAAGAGGCGAGAAGAACUGGCACGUCGGAGAGCCGAAGAACGAGCCCGCCAGGAAGCAGAGGCUUUAAGACUGGAGGAGGAAAAGAGGAAGAGAGAGGAAGAAGAGCAACUGAAGGCUGCAGAGGAAAAUGCUCGCAGACAGAAAGAGGAGGAAAACAGGCUUCAACAGCAGAGAGAGGAUGAGGCUCGUCAGAGUGUGUUGGCAGAACAGCAGAGAGUGGAAAGAGAGAUUCGUUUCCAGAAAGAGGAGGCUGAACGCCAAGAAAGAAAAAAGCGCUUGGAACAAAUCAUGAAAAGAACGAGAAAGGCGGACUCUGUAGACAAGAAAGCCGCAUCAGUGAAGGACAACUUGCCUUGUGAAAACGUGAACCCUGUAAUCAGGCUAGCAGGUCCAGGAAAAACGCCAAAGCUGGAGCUGAGGGACGAGGAAGAUAUGCUUCCUACAGUGGCCUUCAAGGAGCGCAGAUCUUUCCGCAGCCUUUCUGGCCUGGAUGAGAUACAAACCCAUCAGCAAACUGAAGUUAUUUAACCCCACAGACCUGUCAUUUGAUGCCAAGACUGAGCAACUUCAGCGAGUUCGUCUUUUCUGAAAAACACAAAAACACCAUAUGCACAUGAUUUCCCUGCACUUUAAAAAGCAUUUUGGUAACAAGUCACACUUGCUUACUGCAUAGUUUAAACACCUGACUUGUGUUUGAGUCGCUGGAGUGAUGUCACGCAUCGCUCAGUAGCCAGAUAACGCUGGGUUCAGUUCAAUUAAUUGUAAUUAUUAAUAAUAAUAA